AGCGAGGUCCGCGGAGCAGGGAGUCGGGUGCCAGUGGGCGGGGGUGACGGCGGCUGUGCCGAGGUUCGAGGAGGAGUGCGCCACGGCUGAGUCGAGGGUGGAUGUAAGUCAGAGUACAGCAGAAAAUGUCCACUGAACGGACUUCUUGGACAAGUUUGUCCACUAUUCAGAAAAUAGCACUGGGCCUCGGAAUCCCAGCCAGUGCAACGGUUGCCUAUAUCCUAUACCGCAGAUAUAGGGAAAGCAGAGAAGAACGGCUGACGUUUGUUGGGGAGGAUGACAUUGAGAUAGAGAUGCGAGUACCCCAGGAAGCUGUGAAGUUCAUAAUUGGCCGGCAAGGAGCCAAUAUUAAACAGCUGCGGAAACAGACAGGUGCUCGGAUUGAUGUGGACACGGAGGAUGUAGGCGAUGAGCGGGUGCUGCUUAUCAGUGGUUUUCCUGUUCAGGUGUGCAAGGCCAAAGCAGCAAUCCAUCAGAUCCUGACAGAGACUGCCCCAGUGUCUGAGCAGCUCUCAGUUCCCCAGAGAUCUGUGGGCAGAAUCAUAGGGAGAGGUGGCGAGACGAUUCGUUCUAUCUGUAAGGCCUCCGGAGCCAAAAUUACCUGUGACAAAGAAUCAGAGGGGACAUUACUACUAUCAAGACUUAUAAAAAUCUCAGGAACACAAAAGGAAGUGGCAGCAGCCAAGCAUUUGAUACUAGAGAAAGUUUCAGAAGAUGAAGAACUUCGGAAGAGAAUCACUCAUUCUGCAGAAACCAGAGUCCCACGCAAACAGCCAAUCAGUGUAAGAAGAGAGGAAGUGACAGAGCCCGGUGCAGCGGGAGAGCCAGCUUUAUGGAAAAACACUGGUACCUGCAUGAAGCAGGCUGCACAGCUGACAGACCUUCCCUGCAAAGGAGCUGGUGACGUGGCUGUUAUAGAGCCAGAAGAAGAUUCCUGGGAGAAACCUAAUGGUGACAGCUUUCAGAAGUCUGGAGCCCAGACCAGUCCAGAGAUGUCCAUGUUUGAAAUUCCCAGUCCUGACUUCAGUUUUCAUGCUGAUGAGUUUCUGGAAGUCUACGUCUCUGCUUCUGAACAUCCUAACCACUUCUGGAUCCAAAUCAUUGGCUCCCGAAGCCUGCAAUUGGAUAAGCUUGUCAGUGAGAUGACCCAGCACUAUGGGAAUAGUCUGCCUGAAGACUUGACUGUGCAUGUAGGAGACAUUGUAGCAGCACCUUUAUCUACAAAUGGUUCCUGGUAUCGAGCCCGGGUCCUUGGCACCUUGGAGAAUGGGAACCUGGACCUCUACUUUGUUGAUUUUGGAGAUAAUGGAGAUUGCUCACUGAGGGACCUCAGGGCACUCAGGAGUGACUUCCUAAGCCUUCCAUUUCAAGCAAUAGAGUGUAGUCUGGCACGGAUCGCUCCCUCAGGUGAACAAUGGGAAGAGGAAGCGCUGGAUGAGUUUGACCGACUGACUCACUGUGCUGACUGGAAGCCCCUGGUGGCCAAGAUCUCUAGCUAUGUCCAGUCGGGGAUGUCAACUUGGCCCAAGAUCUACUUAUAUGAUACUAGCAAUGGGAAGAAACUUGAUAUUGGGUUAGAAUUAGUUCGUAAAGGAUAUGCAAUUGAGCUUCCUGAAGACAUGGAAGAAAACGGAACUGUCCCAGAAGUGUUGCACGACGCGAUGACAGAAACAGAUGUCUCUCUCAGCAGCAUGCUCACUGAGAGCAAGAAGAGUGCUGGAGAAAUAGCAAAUACCCUGUCCUGCCUCAGCCUAUCAGGAUUUGGUGCCUGGAGAGAGGAGCCUAUGAUAAAGAGAUCUAUGCAGUCCUCCCUUUAUUGCAUACACAGUCUGGCUUGCUAUGGACCAAAUGUGUGUUCUCCUUCCAUGGGAUGACCAGAAAGAGUGUGGGGUAGAGGGAGACAAAUAUAUGCUCCUAUUCCAUUCCCCACCACCAUCUCUUCCAGUGUUUGAAUACUGUUGCAUUAUGUCCAGGCUGCUCAACAUCUGGCUUGUUCCCUUCACCAAUGAGAAUGCACACUCCUGCUAGGUUGUGUCCUUUUUGAAGCUGGGAAGCAGUCAAGGUUUGGUCAUUGGAAGUGAUGAUUCUGCACACUUCUGACUCAUCUCCUUAGGCAACUCUGGUUAAGGGAAGUUUUUGAAUGAUGAACUGACCCAAAGACUGCAGUUGAGUCAGGAAGCAAAGACAAAAAUCAGCAUAUUUAUAUUUAAAAGCCUCAGGAUGUAGGAAAGAGAAUGCUGCUUCCAGCCUCAACUGUUGAUGUUAUUGGAGACCAGUUUUUUGAAAACAGUGUUCUAGCUAUUUUCCUGUACACUUUGGUUAAAAUAUAAGCAAGGAGAGAGGCAGCUCAGGAAAUGUUCUAAAUUGCUAGUAUAGCAUCUAUAAUGUGUGUGUGUGUGUGUGUGUGUGUGUACAUACCUAUAUAUAUAUACAUACAUACAUAGAGGAAAAGAACAUGUAUAGUUGUUCAAAGCAUUUGGGAGGUUCUUUGCUGAAUAAAGUUCUCAAAAAAUUAUCUAAAACUAACUUCUGGUUGAAUCACAAGAUGGAAGUAGGCCUGUGGGUGUGUCUUCUGAACCUAAAUCUGGUGAAAAUUGCCAACACCUCACAUAGAGGGGGCCCAUCUAUGAACAAGUGUUCCUCCCAUGUAUAGAUCAUAUUCUUUCCCUAAAGUUACCAGAACCAACUGAGGUUUGGACUGUGUAAAUCAGACCCCUACCUAAAGUAUUUGGAAGAAAAGGCCUGGAUUCGAAUUCCAGAAACCUGGGUUCUAGGAAUACAUCUCGGGGCUUGAGGAGCCUGUUUCCCUACAGCCUCUCUCCACUUCUGACAGGAUUGUGAGGAUCCAGUGAGAACAAGGAAGGUACUUGAAGAAAAUAUCAAUACAAUGCGGGUGGUAGAAUAAUGGCAAAUGGACUUCUUUUUAAGGAUCAGCAAAGUAAACUGGAAAACUUGAAAUAGCACAUAAGGAUGCCUUAUGCAGGAUUUUUUUUUAAAUCUAGGAAUGUGAACUAGGUCUGCCCAUUUGCUACGUGGCAACUCUGUUUUCCCAUAGCCACAAUUUUCAGUAUUCAUUUUAUCAGAAAAAUCUGAGUACCAGUUAGCAGAGGUGCUCCCAUGGAGGAGCAGCUCUGAUGAGUAGUUUUGGAAAAUUCAAUGAAGGGCUACCACUGACCUUUAGACCUUGGCUCAGCCCUGGAAUUGGAGCCACUCUACAACAAAGGUUAUGAGGUCACUUUGUCCCUAGUUUCCUCAGCUCUUAGUCUUUACUGUAAAAUAGAGGACCCCUGACAAAUCAUACAACUCCUUGCUGUGGAAUGAGUGGUGUCUCAUUCCUGGCUGCAGUUUGCUCCUGUGUAUGGAAGUAUGUUCCUUCAGUGUGGCCUUUAAGUCGUCAGUUUCCACCCCAUUCUGAAGGGUUCCUUAUUCUUCCAACACAACUCUGUACUUUUCCUACUGCCUGGAGUGCCCUAUUCUAUGCUUCCUAAUUGUUAUUUUGUCUUUUGAAAUCCCCUUGAGUCAAAGCCGUGGGACCCAUGGGCCUUCUCUGAUUUCCACAUCCAAAGAGAAGGAAUUCGUGCUUGUCUCCAAUUUGAACUGAGACAUUUGAAUGAAAAUCUCCCAGUAGGGCUUGUUUCUUGCUCCUAGUAGGUGGUCAGUAAAUGGUUAGAAUAAAUGGGGUGAGGGGAAGGCAAGAGAAGCCUAAAAUCCUUGGGUCCCUUUCCUCUCUGUUCAGUUCCCUCUGAUCUUUUCAGUCAUUAAAUGUUUCUCCUACAGUGAAUUCAGCUCUGUAAGGUGUAUGGCUCACUCCAGCCAACUCCACCUUCCCCCGAAGAAACAGUGAACACCUGAUUGCGCUACCUUUUAUUCCUAGGAUAGAAGGG